AAGAGCUCACGAACGUUAGUCACUCGAUCCCAAUUGCUGGACCGCAUUCAACCCUCCCUAGUCCAUCACUACACCAUGCCAGAACAAACCACCGUCUCUCCCUGCUGCAUCACAGGCCAUAUCCACUCCGGAAAGCCCCUCGGCUCCAUCUCCAUCCAGCACGGCCUCCGCACUUACGUCUCUCUCCCUUCCUCCGCUGAGAAAGGCAAAGCUGAAGGGCAAGUGGGCCAGAAACAAGACACAAUCAUCUUGAUUUCUGAUAUCUUUGGGAUCGACCUCGUCAACUCCAAGCUCGUCGCCGACGAAUGGGCUGGGCAGGGGUACAAGGUCCUCUUGCCUGAUUUCUUUGAGGGUGAUCCUAUCCCCGAGUCUCUUCUUCAGUCGAUCGUACCGAACCUGAGGCACCAAGCCGAAGCUACAGCACUCACCAAGGCCGCCGAUACCGCCAAAGCGGCUGCUGCCCUUGGUCCUUGGCUUGUCAAGCACCGCGAGGCUGUCACCCGGCCGCUUGUGGAGAAAUACGUCCAAUCCGUGCGCUCCGACACCUCCACGGGCAAGAUCGCCGCCGUCGGUUAUUGCUUUGGUGCGCGCUACGCCCUCCUCCUCGCCCAACCCCAGUCUGGCGCCAAGUCCAGCGUAGACGUCGUGGUAGCCAACCACCCUUCCUUCCUCGUCCUCGAUGACGUCAAAGACAUCAACUCCACCCCUUGCAUCAUCCUCAAAGGGGAUAAAGAUGAUAUCAUGAGUGAAGAUGAUUUGGAUAAGGUGGAAGAAAUUAUGAAGCAAAAUUUGGGUGAGAAAUUGGUAGUCAAGAGAUUCCCUGGGGCCGUCCAUGGGUUUACGAUAAGAGGUGAUAUGGAGGAUGGACAGGAAAAGUCGCAAAAAGAGCAGGCGAACAAGGAUUCGUUUGCUUUCGUUGCAAAGUACUUUAAAAGCUAGUCGACAUAAAUAAUUGGCCAAAAAGAAAUUGGGGAAAGAACACUAUGAAUCUAAUUUAGUUGCAU